AUGGACACCGGGGCACCCGUGCCCAUGCCACAUUGGGAAAGGAACCUCGUCAUCGUGGCUCUGGUGGUGCACGUCAUGGACGUGGGCCUGGACUUGUGUGUGGCGGCCUUGUUCGUGGCCCACGCCGAGUGGGUCUUCUUCCUAGGUGCAGCCGGAGUCAUCUUCUGGGCGUGGUUGGUCUCCAGCCUCUACAUCUCCUUCGGCGGCGGCGCGCCCACCGGCGACAUCGACACCGAUGGUCGCUGGGCCGUGGAGAGAGCGGUGUUGGUGGGGGAGUGGCAGCCGAACAGUGUGUUGAGGGCUGCCAACAGUGCCACUCACAACUGCGACAACUUCUUUGGCCCUCGCCCCUGCUGCAAUGUGAAGUGCAACGGGAAAAGGGAUGUGCCCUAUCAGAGCUACCGUGGCUCUGGCGUCCAGAAUCUCAAGUUGUAUCAGUGCGAAGUGACGAAGGGAGCCUUCAUGAAGCCAAAGGAAAGCUACGGAGCCUACGAAGAUUGGGAUGAGGAGCCCAUCACCCCGGCGGAGAUGAACGAUUACAUCGCUGCAUCUCGUGGUUACAGGCCUGUUGCGCAUUUGGAUGGCACGUAUGUAUGUGAGGAGACCUGUCGUUUUGUCACCCUUGAUCAGCGUGAUCACCCAAAGGGCGCCAACGACACGGUCAAGGUUUACCGCGAUGGUGGCAUGGAGUAUUUUGGCAAGACGGCCUAUCUUUGUGUCAGCGUCGAGGACUUGGAGAAGGACUUGUCCGAGCUCAAGGCACAGGAGGAUGCGGCAGAGGAGAAGAAGCGUGCAGAGGAGGAAGCGGAAGCGCAGAAGAGACGUGACGAAAUCUUCCAGGUUUUGCUGCGUGAAGAAAUGGGCGAGGUCGAAAAGCCGCCGAAAAAGAAGACCUUCAAAGAGAAGCUCGCAGCUAGCAAUGCCACUCACAACUGCGAUUCGUUGUUUGGCCGCCAAUGCUGCACUUCGAAGUGCGACGGGAAACGGGACGACUCGCAGAAGGGAUCUGGUGUGGAGAAUCUCGAGUUGUAUCAGUGCGAAGUGACGAAGGGAGCCUUCACGAAGCCGAAGUCGAGCUACGGAGCUUACGAAGGGUGGGACAACAAGCCGAUCAACACGAAGGAGAUGAACCGAUAUAUCAAUCAUUAUCGUCGCGACCGGCUUCUGAUGACCUCCCAGUUGGAGAAAUCCGCGCUUCCUUAUUCAUGGUAUGUGUGUGAGGAGACCUGUCAUUAUCUCACCAAAGAUGAUGACCCAAAGGGAGCCAACCAUGACGCCAUCAAGGUGUAUCGCGGAGGCGGGGGUGAGCGACAUUAUGGUCACAAGGAGCUUUGUGCAGCUCAGCUGCAGCGGUCUCAGCGCCGAGCGGUCAACGUCGAGGAUGUGGCGACGCAAGUCUCAGAGCUCAAGGCUGAAGCGAUUACAGAGUCCGAGAUACUGCUUGCUUCAGAUGAGGAAGAUGUGUAUGAGAAGUGCUCGUCCCGAGCAAGAGGUGCAUUGACAUUCUUGAACCUGCCAGUAUGCCAAUCCGCCCACAAACGGCUGAUUGGUAUUGGCUCUGGUGUACUUCAAGCAAUGCGAGAGGGCAAACCUGGCUUUACAAUGGAUGAGUAUCGCACCAGCCAUCCGAAACAUCCAACAUUGGGAGUUUCCUUGCGCAACUCCUCAUCGGGGAAAUGGCAGUACAUUUUGGCAUUUCUUUGGUUGCUUUACGUGAGUGAAGCGGAGAUCCUGCCCACAAAGUUCAAGAUGCCUUCCGAGAAAGUUCAGAAGUACCACAUGAAUGAUGAAGACUUUCAGGAGAGAUACGUCACUGCCUUCCUGAGGGAUGUCGAUUCUCAGUUUGCUUUGCCGCGGAUUGAGCAUCUGGGGCCUGGGAGCUUUGCAGGCCCAUGCAGGUUCCUUGAAUAUGCCCAGCCAAUCGACAUAUUUUAUCAAUAUUCUGCCCAUGAAGAGAAUGAUGGGCGGAAGCCAGCCUCACUGGCAACGUUCAUGAAGGUGUUCAAGAAGAUCUUUGGAACUUAUUUGAAGUUCCGAGACCACUCAGAGCACGCGCAGUGCAACAUUUGUGGUCGAUUGAAAGGCAAAAUCAAGGCCCUCUUCCGCCCAACCCUACACCUGACAGCAGCCUGGCUGCAUGGGCACAAGGUGUGGCUUCCAGUGAGCGACGAGAGUUUGAAGAAAGACUCUCAAACCCAAGCUGAGAUUCUCUCAAGAGCCCUCAGCGAUCUUUGCGUGAGCGUGGUGGAAGACUUCCGCUCUUCCCAUCCCAAGAUGGGCAGCGACAUCUUCUUGAUUGCUAAGAGAUGGUUGGCUGACCGAGAGGUGCUUCGACUCAUUGCCUUGGUUCCAGCAGACACUGCUGCCAAAAUCCGUCGUGGGCUACAUUUACCCGACGGGGUGGCUGCCAGGCGAGCUAUUUCGCCCAAAGUCCGGGCAAACAUUGAGAGAUAUGUCCCACGAUGCCAAAUGCAUGGUGAGUUGUCACCCGCAGCGGCGGCUUACCUCACGGAAUGGUCCACCGGAAAGUUGAAGAUGAUCAACAGGAGAAAUGAUGACGAGAUGUUCCUGGCCUCGGAUGUAGAGGAUGGGCGUGCCGCUUCCGCAGCAAACACGAGUAUUGCUGAUUCCGCCGACCUUGCCCAAGAUGCAGAGAGCGUUCUGAAUGCCACUGAUGCUGAGGAGAUGGAACCAGUGGGUUUCGUAGAUGGAUAUAUCAGCAGCCCGUCUCCAACCCAGUGCCUCUUUCACGAGAGUGGAGUCUUGGUCAACUCAGAUGAGAAGGAGUUCAGGCACAUGGCCAUGUCCUAUAUCAGUGUAGUGGAAGAAUGGGAAACCUGCAGCCAUUCUGAUUUGCUUGCCCUGCAGUUCGAACAUACCUUCAUGGUGGAGAUUGACAAGAAGAAACGUGAGCACCUUCUCCAGUUCAAGCCUCUGUUCUCAUUCAUCGAGGAGACACUCAAAUCGCUGGGCUAUAGUGUGAAUGCAGCUAACUUCAACACCGCAGAGUUUGGUCCUCCACAAAUGCGGCAUCGUGCAUGGAUCAUUGCAGGGAAGUACUGCAAUACCAAGCAGGCAAUCCUUGAUGCUGCAAGUUUUCGCUGUCAAACGCUUCCGCUGGACCGUUUCAUUUUGAAAUGUUUGCCAGAGGGAGAAGACAACCAGGGACGUUCACGUGGUGGCGACCGAGCUAAGAAGUCUGACCUCACUCCCAAGUGGAAAGCUGACUUCGAUGAGUACUGCAAAAAAGUUGGAGACAAGGCCAACAUCCGAAAGAAUGUGACCAUGCUGCGUUCAAUGGCUCCGCAGUGCUCCGAGCGUGAGAGGGCGAUUCUUGCAACAGCACUGCGCGAGAUGGAGACCAAGGGUAUUGACGAAAUGGCACUUCUGCAGGGGAUCGGGGAUGAGGAUUGGUAUCGCUUUCAGAUGGACGAGCUUCCUCCAAGGAAUUCCUCGCCAAAAUUGAGACCCAGCAAGAAUCCUAAGUAUGGAGAGCUCUUCCCAGAAGCGGGCGAAUUUUUGUCCUUGCGUUUGCCAGACAUGAAUGUGGAUGAUGUCAAAUCGGAGUUUGCUUUCUUCCUGUUUGACGACGGGGGCAUGAAGGCUCUAGCUGCAGCUUUGGUAUGGACAGGAUGUGUCUAUGUUGUGGGCCAGGAGUCAGCGGAAAGUUUGCGACACCCCAGGUUCGUUCAGCUUGUCAAGGGCCUCCUUGGAUUGCCAACUCUUUUCAAGAAACAGGCGGAUGAUGUGGUGUCAGGCACCAUUCAGCGGAUCAUCAAACAGAACAUCGAUGCAAAGAAGUUGCCUGUAUCAAGCUUUGAGUGGGCAGGUAUACUUAGUAGGCUUGGCGAAGAGGCAAACGUUGCAGACUGCGUGAAGAUGUACAACAAUACUCCAGAAGUUGUGGCGCAUGGAAGCAACACUGACAAGGGAGAUCGAAGUGGAAGUGGUACCCUCAUGAUUGACACCAAGAAAGCCCAUUGCAUCAAGAAUUGGAUGACAAAGUGCAGCAAAGAGGCAACAAGCGUCAUCCUGGAGUCACUCCAAGACAGCCCAUUUCAGAUGGGCCCAUUUGGGGAAACCUUUGCGAUGAUGGGCCAGGUCUUCCUUGGUUCGACUUGUGAGAACUCCAACAUCGAUGGUGGUGCUAUGUCUCCACUUGCCCAUGAGGACAGCAUCAGCGUGAACUGGGACCUUGAGCUGAAUUCCACAGCCCAGGCAUUACUCUUCCGGAGAGUGAAGAUCGCAUUUGACCGUGCCACAGCCAUAGUGGACGAUGUGCGAGACAAGAAGAAAUACAGAAUGAAGCCGGAGGACAUUGUGACACUUCGACAUUUGUGCGCCUUCUAUAUGCAGGUGCGGGAGUUUUGCAGCACAAGGCUCUCUGAUUUCGCAGACUUUGACGCAAAGUUCACUUCAGGGAAUGCUGUGGACGACCAGUUCAAUGAGAUCAUGCAGAUGCGAUCCAAGCAGUUUGGCAUCUCCAUGCUUCCAAGGUCCCAGCUGGAGGCAGCCAGUCAGUUGAAACGUCAAGAGGAGACGGCCACAUUAGAGGUGGAACAGCAACGUUUAGAGCUACGUCAAGCCAAGUGGAAGUACUUUGUGGCUGCACUCUCCAGAGAUCAGAAGCAGCUGUCACUCAUUGCAGCAGCACCUGACAAGAUCGAGAAGUUACGCCACAGAAAGGACAUGCAGUGGCGCCUCGAACAAGCCAAGAUCGGAGAGAAGGCAGAAGCAGCUGGUGUGAAGAUGACGGACCUUUGCAUGGUGACCUUCGCUGAUCUGAAUGUUCCGCUCAGCAACUCACGGGAGAAAAUGACCGAACUCAUGACGGCCAUUGCUGCCAUCAACGACAUAGCUCCCAUGCGGAACGCUGCGAUUGUCGAGCUGGCGGACACCCCGAAGAAAUCCAGUAAGCGGGGACUGGCAGACGAGGAAGCAGAGCUUCAGGAAGUUCUGUGGAGCUUGAAGCAGCAGUGUGAUUCGAGAUGGAUUCUUCCAUUUGAAGUUCCAAGUGCUGCAGAGUCCCACAGCUCACGAAGGAUCAUUGUGAACAAAGAUUCAGAGGAGUCCAACACCUUUGCUACUUCUGCUGAGUUGGCUUUGGCAGGACGCCCACUGACAGAUGAAAAGGUCUACAUCCCUUUGAGCAAGGAUCUCCUGCUUCCAGAAAGCCUGGACUCGGACCACGACCUGCGCACCGCAGAAAGGACCCGCCCCAGCCAAGAAGCGAUCACGGCACAGAAAGGGUCAGAUCGAUACCGUCAACUGGUGCGUUCCAUGCUUACCCUCCCCGGCGACACCCUCAGCAAGUCCGCAGUGAUAUUGGUAAACCUUACGGGGUAUGUUGAAGAGAUGGGAAGUGCAGCUUCUUGGCUGGUCUAG